AUGGCUCGCACCGAGGAAGCAGCAGCUUGGUUCGCAGCCGUCUACCGUGCCGUGCAAGAGAUACCGCACGGAAGAGUCACGUCCUACGGUCACAUUGCGCGAUUGCUUGGGCGACAGCCCAGACAAGUCGGCGUCUGUCUAAAACACCUACCUUCAGCAGCCAGCGGCAGCAGAUGGCACGAUGGCAACGUGCCGUGGCAACGCGUGAUUAACGCCAAGGGCGGUAUCAGCCCUAGAGGUCCUGGAGGCGCCAGUGGGCAAGCGGCGGCUCUGCGCCAAGAGGGCGUGACUGUAGACGAGGGGAGCUUGGGGGAGUUCAGCGUGGAUCUUCAGGCUUAUGGAUGGUUUCCGGACGUUCUCCCGAGCGAGGAAGGGGAGGACAGCGAGGAGGAUGAAUAG